AGGGUUUCGGGCCAAAACAAAAACACAAGCUAGCGAGCUAGGAAUGUGUUUGAAUGUCCAAAAGUAGAAGAAAUAUCAAACAAAACGAAACCAUGAAAUAAACAACAUUUCCUUCUGCGCCAUGAAUUUACGGGGACUCUUUCAGGAUUUUAAUCCCAGCAAGUUCCUGAUCUACUUGUGCCUACUGCUGUUCUCUGUGUUGCUGUCAUUGCGGCUUGAUGGGGUUAUCCACUGGAGCUACUGGGCAGUGUUUGCGCCGAUAUGGCUGUGGAAGCUGCUGGUCAUCAUCGGAGCGUCAGUGGGCACUGGAGUGUGGGCACACAAUCCUCAGUACAGGGCUGAAGGCGAAACAUGCGUGGAGUUCAAGGCCAUGCUGAUCGCCGUGGGGCUUCACGUCCUCUUGCUCAUGUUCGAGGUGUUGGUGUGCGACCGUGUGGCCAGGGGGAGCGGCAACUACUUCUGGCUGCUCGUCUUCAUGCCGCUCUUCUUCGUGUCGCCCGUCUCCGUGGCGGCGUGUGUCUGGGGCUUCAGACACGACCGCUCCCUGGAGCUGGAGGUGUUCUGUUCGGUGAAUAUUCUCCAGUUCAUCUUCAUCGCUCUGAGGCUGGACAGGAUCAUCAACUGGCCUUGGCUGGUGGUGUGCGUGCCACUGUGGAUCCUCAUGUCGUUCCUGUGCCUCGUCGUCCUCUACUACAUCAUCUGGUCGGUCCUUUUCCUCCGCUCCAUCGACAUCAUCGCCGAGCAGCGGCGGACUCACAUCACCAUGGCGAUCAGCUGGAUGACCAUCGUGGUUCCACUGCUCACCUUCGAGAUCCUCCUGGUGCACAAGCUGGACGGCCACAACAGCCUGAGCUACGUGUGCGUCUUCGUGCCGCUAUGGCUCUCGCUACUCACGCUCAUGGUCACCACCUUCGGCCAGAAAGGCGGAAACCACUGGUGGUUUGGCAUCCGCAAGGACUUCUGCCACUUUCUGCUGGAGCUCCUCCCCUUCCUGCGAGAGUACGGCAACGUCUCUUACGACCUCCAACGCAGCGACGACCCUGAGGCCGCCGAGGACCCGCCCGUCCCGGAGCCGCCACCCAAGAUUGCCCCCAUGUUCCACAAAAAAACCGGCGUCGUCAUCACGCAGAGUCCUGGCAAAUAUUUUGUCCCGCCACCCAAACUCUGCAUCGACAUGCCCGACUAGGCGGGCACGGACUCUGCGAGGAGAGCCGCCGCUCACUUGAACUGAGCAGAAUCCUGCGACGUCUUUUUCACCGCAAGAAAGGUGAUUAUUCGGGACUACAAAAUGGACGCCGCCUCGCCUCUGUCAUGGGACCAGCGGAGAAACGCUUGCUUUAAAAGUUGGCGCCUCGUUCCCCUGACUUGCGCUUUGGAGUCAAACCCUCCUGUUACGUUGACGAGUCACCGAAUAAUUCAUUUUACAUACACCACUUGCAAAACUGGUGUAUGUAAAAUGAAUUUUGGACUUUUUGGUAGCAUUAUUACUCUUCCUGAUAAAAUAAUGCAACAAGAGGGUUAAUUGCGCGCUGACCUCAAUCAUGAAUGGGCACUUAAUAUUUCAGAGAGAUUCCGUUUUGUUUUGUUUUUCCCUUCUCACUGUUCAUUGUAAAUAAAUGAAUCUUUCUCAUUAGGGACCAGAGCAACUGAUCCACUGGAUCAGUAGAAACAAGCUGCCCGGUUGUAUUGGACACGUUCCCCAUCGUUCUUGAUUGUUAGUGACUGUCACCUUCGAAUGGUUUGGAUGCAAAUGUACAUACGUGGUCACGUGAUCUGUUCGGCUGCUUCCCGUAUCAGCCGAUCAUCACAAAGCAGAAUAAAAUGACAAAAAGUGUU